AAAUAUUUUGCUAUUGACAGUACAAGUACGAUAACUAGAAGUGCUACUCGAUCUCUAAAAGUUUCGAUCUUGUGACGGCGGCUCGUGAGGGUUACAAUUUAUCAAGAGCUGUUGCACGUUGAGUCACUGCCACUGACUUGAAAUGAGAAUAUACCUAUACCUAGUCUAGUGGAACAACUAACUUACUAAGGUGACUGCGCCCUGCGCAGUGCGUAGACAGCUCACAGCAGUGUAAUAAAAUAAAGAAAAAAUAACCGUACGUGUCUAAUAAACGUCUAAGAAAUACUUCAAGAUGGAUUUUUUAUUUGGACGCAAGAUGAGUCCAGAAGAAAUGUUAAGGAAAAAUCAGAGAGCUUUAACAAAAGCUAUGAGAGAUUUGGACAGAGAACGUGCCAAGAUGGAGCAGCAAGAGAAAAAAAUUAUCGCAGACAUCAAGAAGAUGGCCAAAAUGGGACAAAUGGAUGCAGUUAAAGUGAUGGCAAAAGACUUGGUUCGAACACGACGCUACGUUAAGAAGUUCAUCAUGAUGCGCGCACAGAUUCAGGCCGUGUCAUUAAAGAUCACAACUCUGAAGAGCCAGAAUGCAAUGGCACAGGCUAUGAAGGGUGUAACAAAAGCCAUGAUGAACAUGAACAAACAACUUCAGCUGCCUCAGAUACAACACAUCAUGCAAGAAUUCGAGAAGCAGACGGAGAUCAUGAAUAUGAAAGAAGAAAUGAUGAACGAUGUCAUUGAUGAUGCCAUGGAAGGAGAAGAUGAUGAAGACGAGAGCGACGCGAUCGUUUCGCAGGUUCUGGACGAGCUGGGGCUACAGAUGACUGAAGGUCUGGGCGAUCUACCGUCCACGGGCGCCACGCUUGCCUCCACCACGGGACCGUCCAAGGCACCAGCAGUUGCUGUAGGGGACGACGGCGAUGAUGACAUUCAGGCUAGACUUGACAAUCUCCGGCGCGAGUGAAGCUGCGUCUUGUCCUUUUAUUUACGUAUGCAGAUUCAUUUUGUACUCGACACGUGUCUGUGAUUAGCCCCUGAUUAGUAUAAAAUUAAGGAAGGUAGCCUUGUGUGUGCACUGGUAAUAAUUUCGGGGCUGGAGUACUAUCAUAUAACGAACGACGUUCUUGAUCAUAUUCUACAUUCAAAUCACGUUCGGCAAUGUUACGUUACGAAGCAAAGCUGUUUAGGUGAAAACAAACGUUUUUGGUGAAUCCUGACACCACACUCAUGAUUGAGUUAGAAGUCAACGUUUUUACGUAUUAAGGGGUUGAUUGUUUACUAACCAAGCCUUACGUUAGAAACUUUUAGGCAAUUAUCUUAAUUGUUAACAAGAACUACCGAAAGUGGCUGAUUAUCUGUAGAUGCUGAAAAAUUGGUUCCAAAGUCUUAAUUAUACUCAACAUUUUUUUGCCUAAAUUUUUUUUGCAAGGUUUUGGCAUCUCUCGAAACUAUGCGCUUGUACUUUAUUGAUAGAUCCCCUGUUGUGGGUCACAAGUUAGAAGAUAUAUAUAUUAAAAGAUAACCUUAUGCAUGUUUUCGAGUUAGUUGCCAGUAGACAUUCGAGUUUUUUUUUUUUGCUGGAGAAAGGAAUAUUUCUUGAAUACCAAGCUUUAAUCCGCGCGAAAUAUUAAUCUACAACAUGUUGAAGAAAACGCUUCAGGUUUGGCUGCAAAUAAAUCCUUCCGUUCAGCCCA